CCCCGCGUUGCUGUAGGAGUGUUCGCGUCGCUGCAGCUCUCAGCACACCCCGAGUCUGGUGUUGCGGCGCCCGCCUUAGCCAGGCUCAGUAUCUGGCAGCAAUUCUGGCGCAGUCAUUUGUGGUCCAUGGCUCUUGUGAUAUGCCGAAGAUUUCCAGGCAGUUUCUGUGGAACAGCUCCCCGUCCAGCUCUAAUCAAGCACCGUUUAAACAAGAAAUUGCCUGGUCAAACCUGUGCGGACUGUGCUCUCAGUAUUGACACCAGAAUGGCAGCCACUCUCAGGUUGUUAAAGCCUUUAGAAUACCGAGCAUUUUGCAGUCCUUUUGCCUCCAGUUCAAUCCCAAGUGUGGCAUAUUGGAAUGUGGGAAGCAACACAAGGCACCAGGGACAGGACUCUCCCGAACACACUGGCCCCCACCAGCCUAGCAGAAAAGUUAAGAACAUUUGUAGCACCUCCUCUUCUCGGAAGAUCCUCACAACGAGCCGAGCCCUCCUGGGUCUGGAAUUCAGCAAGGCUUCUACCUCCAAGGCCAGCACGUUGCAGCCAGGCUCACCGAGGGCCAGGAGAAUGGAUGAAGAAGAUGUAGAAGUUUUUGACACCCUUGAAAGCACCCGAGUUUUUCUGCAGCUGAGACCAGAGUACCAGCUUCACAGCUACCACAGGGCUAAGACUUGUCAGCCCCUGACUGUUUCAGAAGGAGAACUAAUUUUACGUGAAGUCGCAGUUUAUCAAAACAAUCUCCAGCCUCAAAUCAUUGUGGAUUAUUUCUGCAAACUGAGCACUUUGCCUGCAGAGCAGCGGCCUCUUUUGCUGUCCAGUACCAGCUUUGCAUUGCUCUGCCAACUGAGUGUGAAAAACAUAUGGCUCUUUAAGACCCCGGAUCUGAUCAGUAUUUUGAAAGCCUUUGUCAGUUUAGGAGUCUCUCACUCCCAUCCAAUGCUAGAUGUGUAUGAAACCAGAUUUUGCCAUCAGGUGUGGGAGAUGAAUCUGGAUCAGCUCCUUCUGGUAGCUGAUCUGUGGCGGUACUUGGGUCACAGAGUACCUCGGUAUUUAAAAAUCUUUUUUAGUUAUCUUAAUUUGCACUGGAAAGAUCUAUCUUUGUCUCAACUGAUUCACUUAAUUUAUAUUAUAGGUGAAAGUCGUGAGGUACCCCAGGACCUAAUGCGAAAACUGGAAUCAUUGAUCCUUAAGUAUAUCGAGUUGGUCAAUUUAGAGGAGCUUGGUACAAUCUGUUUAGGAUUCUUUAAGUCAAGUAGUAGUCUCUCUGAAUUUGCCAUGCGGAAAAUUGGAGACUUGGCUUGUGCUGACAUGCAGCAUCUGAGUAGUCACGCCUUAGUGAAUAUUCUUAAAAUGUUCCGUUUCACUCACGUGGAUCACAUAACUUUCAUGAAGCGAUUUGGAGAGAUUGCUCCUCAACGGAUUCCUUCCCUUGGAGUUCAGGGUGUCAUGCACCUGACUCUGAGCUGCUCGGCCUUGCGCAUCCUGGAUGAGAGAGUAAUGAAUGCUGUGGCUGCUUCUCUGCCUCCCAGGGUAGCACACUGUCGAAGUAAAGAUGUUGCCAAAAUUCUGUGGUCAUUUGGAACUCUGAAUUACAAGCCACCCAAUGCAGAAGAAUUUUAUUCCAGCUUGAUAAAUGAGAUUCACAGAAAGAUGCCUGAAUUCAGCCAGUACCCGGAACACCUGCUCACCUGCCUGCUGGGCCUGGCAUUUUCUGAGUACUUCCCAAUAGAGUUCAUCAAUUUUGCUCUGAGUCCAGAGUUUGUCAGGUUAGCUCAGGAGAGAAGUAAGUUUGAACUUUCUAAGGAACUGUAUACUCUCGAUGGUACAGUUGGUAUUGAGUGUCCAGACUAUAAAGGCAGUCGUCUUAGUUCUCAUUUCCAGCAAGAGGUAUCUGAAAAGCUGUGGAACUUAGCAAGAAAGGAUAUGACCUCAAAGCCUGAAUUUCUAGAAGCCCUCUUUUCACUUGAGACCAUGUUGGGUGGGCCCCAGUACAUCAGGCACCAUAUGAUUUUGCCUCACACCCGAUCUUCUGACUUAGAAGUCCAGCUUGAUGUUAACAUGAAGCCAUUGCCAUUUAACACGGAAGCCAUCCCAACUGAAGAUGUCACCAAAUUAAGGCUUAAGCGUGUAGGAGUCAUCCUUACAGAUGAUUUGAUGAAUCAGUUACUAAAAGGGAAAGUCAGAGGGCAUUUCCAGGGGGAAGCUGAGUCAGAGACUGAGCAGCAGCCCAUGAAGUUAGAGAAGGCAGCCAUACCCUUGGGGGACUCCCUUUGCAAAGUAGCCAAUAGAUCAGAGGCAGUGGAGAUGGCUGGCUUGUGCUCCCCAGUCCAUGCGCAGGCCCCACUAGUGAAACUGGCUAUUCAGUUGACAAACAAGAACCAAUAUUGCUAUGGUACCAGGGAUCUCCUUGGACUGCACAAUAUGAAGAGGCGACAGCUGGUUCGGCUUGGAUACCGCGUGGUAGAGCUACCCCACUGGGAAUGGCUCCCACUCCUGAAACGAACUCGCUUAGAAAAGCUGGCGUUCCUCCAUGAGAAAGUGUUCACGUCUGCUCUCUGAGGGCCUUCGGGGGCAUUUGUACUCACAGAAGCUAUCCGUACACACAGUACCAGCUACAGGUGGAGUGUCCCUUUCCUGAAAUCCCAACUCUCCACAGUCACACACUGGGCACUGACGUCAGGUUCAGAAUGUUUGGGAUUUUGGAGUUUGGUUUUCCAAAUUAGAGACACUCAGCUGAUAAAGUCUAUGCAAAUGUUCUAAAGUCUGAAAAAAUAUGAAAUCUGAAACACUUCUCAUCCCAAGCAUUUGAGAGAAAUGAUAUUCAACCCAUGUUACAAAACAUUUAUAAAAGGUGGAAUAUGUUUGGUAAUAAAUCUUCUAUCUUGAGGAGACUUAGUUGUGUUCUUGUCUGUGGUGGAGUGGUGCUGGUCUGUUACUGUGAAUUGUAACUUGGUGGGGUUGUACAAAUUGCUGCCAAUUUGUGCUUAUUACUCUUAGUAAAUAAUAAACAUCUUAAAAAGUCCUAUGGUCCAUGUA